AUGGUAUCGUCGGUGUCAAGCACGACUGGAAGCACGUCGACGAGCCACAUGGACAAUAUUCACAACGUUGGAGUAUGCUGGCGAGCAGGAUCAGCUGAAGCUGUACGACUUCUUCAGCGACGUCAUCACCGCCAUGGUGAACAGCGAAGGCGAGGAGAACGGGAACUCACCGUUCGUUUCGGGUAAGU